GGAGAGAGCUGAAAAAGAGAACACAAGGGAAGCAGAGUACGGUCAUGGCGUCUGCUCCAAGCCUCCGCCCUCUCGUCGUCUUCUGACCGCCUUCGAUGUGACUCGAAAGGUGGGGGUUCGAGAUGGCGAAAUGCGAGCGAGGCGACGAAGGGGGGUUCCGGCUGUGGCCGUUCUUCUCCGUGGCCGCAUUUCGCCGGAAGCUGCUGGAGGCCAUGAUGUGCGGAGUCUCCCGGCACCGGCGGAAGAGCGGCGCCGCCUUCGGCUCUCCGGAGCGGCGGCCGAGAAACACCGGGUCGGAGCGGCUGGCGGAGCUGCUGCGGGCAGAGUUCUCGGAGGCCGGCUCCGACGAGGCGGAGGUGGAGACGAGGCGGAAGAUCGAGGCCUUCGAGGAGCUCCAGCGCGUGGUGGGAAGCCUCCAGACCGGCGAAGGGGACAAUGCGGGAGAGGAUCGCCGGAAGGAGGCCGCCGGGGAAGUGCGGCGGCUUGCCAAGGACGACGCGGAGGCGAGGGAGACGCUUGCGAUGCUUGGCGCCAUUCCUCCCCUGGUGGGAAUGCUCGAUUCCCCGGACCCCGACUUCCAGAUCGCGGCGCUCUACGCCCUUCUCAAUAUAGGGAUCGGCAAUGACUUGAACAAGGCAGCUAUAGUGGAGGCCGGAGCCGUGCACAAAAUGCUGAGCCUGAUCGAAUCGGGGAGCUCGCCGUCGGUCUCCGAAGCGAUCGUCGCGAACUUCCUCGGCCUCAGCGCUCUGGAUUCCAACAAGCCGAUCAUUGGCUCCUCCGGCGCGGUUCCAUUCCUCGUGAACGCCUUCAAGAACGCUAGCGCCACCACUGACGGGGGGGUCUCCUCUCAGGCGAGGCAGGACGCACUUCGGGCGCUCUUCAACCUCUCCAUCGCCGCCGCCAACACCCCCCACCUCAUCGAGGCCGACCUCGCCCCCUGCCUCCUGGGGGCGAUAGGCGACAUGGAGGUGAGCGAAAGGGUUCUCUCGGUGCUUUCCAACAUCGUCGCCGCGCCGGAGGGGCGGCGGGCGGUGAGCCGAUCCCGUGACGCGUUUCCGAUCUUGGUCGACGUCCUCAACUGGUCGGACGCUCCGGGGUGCCAGGAGAAGGCGGCGUACGUGCUGAUGGUGAUGGCCCACAAGGCCUGCGGCGAUCGGGCGGCAAUGAUCGAGGCCGGAAUCAUGUCUUCCCUCCUCGAGCUCACGCUUCUGGGGAGCCCCCUGGCCCAGAAGAGAGCGUCAAGGAUUCUCGAAAUCCUGAGUGUGGACAAGGGGAAGCAGGUCUCGGAGGGGUUCGGCGAGGGGGGAGGAGGGUGCUCCGGCGUGCCGGCGGUGUCCGCGCCGCUCAUCGGAGGGGCAGCGGAGGGGGAGGAGGAGGAGGCGGGGAUGAGCGAGGAGAGGAGGGCGGUGAGGCAAUUGGUGCAGCAGAGCUUGCAGAGCAACAUGCGGAGGAUCGUGCGGCGGGCCAACCUCCCGCAGGAUUUCGCGCCGUCGGAUCACUUGAAGGCGCUCACCGCGUCCUCCACUUCCAAGAGCUUGCCUUUCUAAUUUAGUGGACCAUGCCACUACGUAGGAGGAAGGAGGGAACGCCAGGUGAAAGCAUGAACAUGAAAAGCCCUCACGCUUUUGGUAUCUUGUAUGGGUAAAAGUUUUGUAUAGUCAAAAGUUAGCUAGUUUCUCUUUCUUGUGCUUGUUUCCAUCUGUCCUUGGGAAUAAAUGUUCUGUGAAUCUGAUGAUAUUGUUAUUAGACUGUGUAUCAAGUGGAGAGAGUGGAUAUAUAAAGAAGCGAGUGCUGAAUGUUGGACCAGCUAUCUCGGUGCUUCAUUAAUUCUUGAGCCUUCCAGAAGGGGACACAGAUUAUAAUGGCGAACCUGGCAGCUCGGGUGUGGAAUGGCACUUCAUUUGGUAUUUGGGGUGGUUGGUAUGGUUAUGAUGCCUGCGCUGUUUGUUGCUGAUGGGAUAAAAAUGUGCAUAUCAUGUAUGAAGUUUUUUUGGAAGUAUAUAUCUCUAGUUCCCA